UUAUUAACAUCGUGGGUCGGCGUCGCCGCCAUAUUGGACCGGGCAGAUUUUUGUCAGAAGACCGGUCUGGAGAAAAAUGCCUGAUUCGUGUGCUGCUUGGGGCUGCAAAAACCGCCGCACCAUCCAAAGCAGAUACAGGGGAAUUACUUUUCACAAGUUUCCUAGGGAGAAAGCACUGAGGAGGCAGUGGGAACUAGCUACGAGAAGGAAAGGUUUUUCCGCCAGCGACUGCUCCGUGCUAUGCAGUGAGCACUUUAAGCCACAGGACGUGGACAGGACGGGUCAGAUCGUCAGGAUUCGGGAAGGAGCUAAACCAUCUGUCUUCAGUUUUCCAGCUCAUCUACAGAGACCUGUGGCACCCAGGAAAACAAGAACAUCAAGGAAAGCUGAAGAGAGGCCCCCAGUGGACUGUUCUCAGCAGUUACAAGAGACUAAACCCCCGCCUAGUGUAGACCACUCCUAUGCAUUGCCUGCAGAUCCCACUGAUCUAAAGGCCAGACUCAGUGAAGCCUUGGCUAGAGUGGAGAGUCUGGAGCGAGACAUGAGGAACGUGAAGAAACGAGAACAGAGGGCUAAGAACAUGGUGCUUGCUCUUCUAGAAGACCUGAAUGGAAAGAACUUCAUAAAUGACGAGUUGAAACACAAACUCAACUUCUACUCGGGGAAAAUGAAAAUAAAAAGUUGAACUGUGUGGCAGAUGAGUUCCAUGGAUGCCAAGCCUGCUGUUAAAAUAAUGCUGUUACAUAUGUUGAUAUGUAUAUUUGAUUUAUGUAUAGUUCGGUGAAGUGGUUUGGUGAGAAAAGGCUUCGGUCUUUUGUUAAUUUAUUUUGAAAUUGUCAGCCAUAGCCUGGUCAUGCUUUUUUGUGUAUUUUUAAAUAUUGGGCAUACAGAAAUGGGUUUAUAUGGAAAAAAAGUGUAAUAAUAUAGUAAUAAAUAUUACAUUAUUGUUGUCUAAUAAAUAUUUUUUUUAUUUUCAAAAAUAGUUUUUGACUGCAUUAUUGUAAUCGUCAGCAUUACAUUGAGGAACUGUUGUGGUAUCUUUAAAAUAAAAAUACAUUCAGUGUA